AUGCUAAUGAGAGAUAUGUACCAGACUCCAGCCUGGGUAACCCCCCUGAUCGUUACUAUUGGUGGCCUGUUCGGCCUCGGUCUGAUAGUAGGCGUGGUUUGCUGGGCCAUACGGUACCUUGCUCACGAGGCCAGCCUACACGACCCGCAAAGGGCCUUAAUAGACCACUUCCACAAGGAGGUGGAUGACCUGGAGCGAGCCGCCCCCGCCAACAACACUGAGGCCUCUGCCCCGCCCGGCCAAGGCGAAAACCCGCCGUCGGAAGAUAACAAGAAUGGCGAGGGCGAAAGCAAGGGCAAGCGCCCUGCCCAGGACGACGAGGGCGAGGAAAACAAGGAGAAGGCCCGCGCCCCUAGACUCCACAUUAUUGUGGAGGAAUAUAGUGCUUCCGCCAGUACGGCGGAAGCCCUAAAUGCCAAUUCCGACAGCUUGGUGCAGUGGGUCCCCGUCCCACGCGGAUACUGGCUGCCCCCGAGGGGGCAGUAG